CGUCCUGAGUCCCGAGUCCUGAAGUUGAACUCGGUCUGUGUCAGUCCGCGGACGCGUUCGUGUCGGACGGACACGAUGGACGAGUGUGAGCCGGUGAUCGUGGAGGGAGACUGGGGUCAGACCCAGGCCAAAACCCUGAGGAACAAACUGCAGCUUUACUUCCAGAGCAAGAAGAAGUCGAGCGGAGGAGACUGCAGGGUGGAGGCGGAGGACGGAGCCCCGAGAGCCGCCGUGUUCUUCCGCUCAGAGGAGGUGAGGGAACGAGUCCUGGCGAGAGAUGAUCAUGAAAUCAUCGUGGAGAAUCAGACCAUCAAGUUACGUCUGACUUCUGGGGAUAGUUUGACCAACAACAACAACGAGGUCCCAGAUUCAUCCACAGACUCAAAGGAGGCAGAAGUAGAACCUGGAAAUGAUGCAUCUGCAGCGAACAAAGAGGGCUCUAAGUCCGCUCCAGGCGCUACAGUGGUCUUGGAGAACAUCAACAACACGUCCAGGGAUCUGCUGCUCAUGCUGGUGGAGAACAUCUCCGGCCAGGACGAGAGCUGCUGGAGACUAGAGAUCAUCUGGGAAUCCAACAAAGCUGUGGUCACCUUCAAUGAAGCUGCAGAUGCAGAGAAGUUCCUCACUGUGAGUCAAACCAGCAAAAAGCUGCAGAAAUAUGAAGUGAGCGCUCGACCGCUGGACGCAGCAACAAGCGUCAGAGUGGAGAAUCUUCCUCCGACUGUGGUUAAAGACAUGCUGGAGCUAUAUUUCGAGAAGACCUGGACUGAGCCCGACAGUGUUCUCAUGAUUCCAGAGGAGCAAGCUGCCAUCAUCACAUUCAGUGACCCUAAAGUUGUGGAAAGCAUUUGCAUCAAAGAAGACUAUGACAUGCGGUCCAUCCCUAUCAAGGUUUAUCCGUACUACGAGUCCCUGGGGACGGCCUUGUACGGCAAUGAAAGGCCAACGUGGAAGAUGCCUGAGCCCUUCACAGAGAACGUUUACCCCAUCAUCUGGAAAUUCCUCCAGGAGAAGAAACUUUGUAAAAGCAUCAACGAUCAGAUGCGUCCACACUUCUGCAGAGUGGACUUGAAAGAGCCCCAGGUGACACUCAGCCCAAUGCCAAGUCUCCUGAGGCAACAAAGUCUGACUGAAAAAGACAUAGACAACUGGAUGGGAAAAACCCAACACGCCUUCCGUCAUGUGAUGUCUCAGUACUCGGCCUUUGAAUGUCCAGUGAACGCUCCGGCAUGGAAAGCUGCAGAGAAGGAUGUGCAUUCAGUUGUGAUGGAAGACGCCAUCCUGGUGGUGGAUGAAUCCAAGGGGGUCGUGACCAUCGCUGGUGGAGCUGAUGAUAUAAAACGAAUCAAAGCUCCUGUGGAAAACAUCAUUCUGAAAGCCAUGGUUCACAUUGACCGGCAGACGAACUCCAUCUCUGAGCAGAUGCAGUUGUCCCCGGCAUUGUUCUCCAUCCUGAAGCAGGACGGGCUGCAGAAAGUUGCUCUGGACAUUUCUCCUAAGAUGACUCUGUCCUACGAUGAAAGCACCCAGAAGUUAACCAUUGCAGGAUUGCCUACAGAGGUUUUCAAGAUGAAAUCAUGGAUCUUAGAGAGAAAUAGUUUGACCAACAACAGCAACAACAAGGUCUCAGUGGUCUUGGAGAACAUCAACAACACGUCUAGGGAUCUGCUGCUCAUGCUGGUGGAGAACAUCUCCGGCCAGGACGAGAGCUGCUGGAGACUAGAGAUCAUCUGGGAAUCCAACAAAGCUGUGGUCACCUUCAAUGAAGCUGCAGAUGCAGAGAAGUUCCUCACUGUGAGUCAAACCAGCAAAAAGCUGCAGAAAUAUGAAGUGAGCGCUCGACCGCUGGACGCAGCAACAAGCGUCAGAGUGGAGAAUCUUCCUCCGACUGUGGUUAAAGAUCUGAUGGUCUCCACCCAAACCAGGAGGGCUGACGACUUUUCACUGCAUGAAAAGAAAUAUAUGCAGGCCUACAUACAGCCACACACUUCUCAGAUAUUUGGGCGUAAGCACGAGCAUUCAGACAUGCUGGAGCUGUAUUUUGAGAAGACCUGGACUGAGCCCGACAGUGUCGUCAUGAUUCCAGAGGAGCAAGCUGCCAUCAUCACAUUCAGUGACCCUAAAGUUGUGGUAAGCAUUUGCAUCAAAGAAGACUAUGACAUACGGUCCAUCCCUAUCAAGGUUUACCCAUACUACGAGUCCCUGGGGACGGCCUUGUAUGGCAAUGAAAGGCCAACGUGGAAGAUGCCUGAGACCUUCACAGAGAACGUUUACCCCAUCAUCUGGAAAUUCCUCCAGGAGAAGAAACUUUGUAAAAGCAUCAACGAUCAGAUGCGACCACACUUCUGCAGAGUGGACUUGAAAGAGCCCCAGGUGACACUCAGCCCUAUGCCAAGUUUCCUGAAGCAACGAAGUCUGACUGCAAAAGACAUAGACAACUGGAUGGGAAAAACCCAACACGCCUUCCGUCAUGUGAUGUCUCAGUACUCGGCCUUUGAAUGUCCAGUGAACGCUCCGGCAUGGAAAGCUGCAGAGAAGGAUGUGCAUUCAGUUGUGAUGGAAGACGCCAUCCUGGUGGUGGAUGAAUCCAAGAGGGUCGUGACCAUCGCUGGCCAAGCUGAUGAUAUAAAACGAAUCAAAGCUCCUGUGGAAAACAUCAUUCUGAAAGCCAUGGUUCCCAUUGACCAGCAGACGAACUCCAUCUCUGAGGAGAUGCAGUUGUCCCCUGCAUUUUUCUACAUCCUGAAGCAGGACGGGCUGCAGAAAAAUGCUCUGGACAUUUCUCCUGAGAUGACUCUGUCCUACGAUGAAAGCACCCAGAAGUUAACCAUUGCAGGAUUGCCUACAGAGGUUUUCAAGAUGAAAUCAUGGAUCUUAGAGAGGAAUGUAAAUAUGAGUAAAAAGCAUCUGUAUAUACCCCCAAGUCUUCUGGACUUCCUCAGGAGUGUGGACCCCAUGGACAUGUCCCAGGACCUGUUCACAUCUCAAGGCAUCAGUGCCAUCUACAGCGUGGACAGUAAAGGGGUGUUCCUGCUGGGCAGCUCGGACAAAAUCCUUGCCGACGCCGAGAGUAAGAUGAAGGCGGUUUUGUCCGUGAACACUCUGGAUGUGGAAGACCAGGAAGUUAUGAAACUUCAGGGCUGGGUUGACCUGAACCAACAGCUGCUGGACACCUACAACUCCUCAAAGAAGAAAACAGUGGCUGUUCAGUUCCACCCAGAGAGAAGAGACAAAAUAACAGUGGCUGGCUUCACAAAUCCAGUCAAAGAGGCCAGCAGCAGCCUGAGCGAGUUCAUCAUGAACUACUCUACCAUUCAAGAAAAGCUUCGUGUUGAGUCCUGUGCUGUUGUUCAGUUCAUAGAUAGGAAAAAAACACACGAUUGGUCCAGUAUUGCCAAAGCUAAUGAUGUGAAAGUCCUUUUUGAUCCAGAGAGGCCAAGAAUCUUCAUCACUGGGGCUCGUCUUCACGUCCACAAAGCCAAAUCCAGCUUUCAGCAAUUAGUGAGCACUCUCUUCACCGACACCUUAACUGUGGACAAACCAGGAGCUAAGAAGUAUUUCCAAUCUCAAGGAAGCCUCUUACUGUCUACAAUAAUGUCAGAAUUCAGCUGUGUUGUGACACUUGGUUCAGAAUUUGAAGAUGAACCCGAAGGACACAACAGGCUGGGGAAGGAGGAACUAUACAGCCGUAUGCGUAUGAGAACCGUCAUUCGCCCCGCCAACAGCAAGACCAUGGACUGUUCCACUAAAGAGGUCAGCAGUCGCUCUGCUCCAAGGAAGUUCCCACUGAAAAAAAUUAUCCAGUCACCUGCUCGUCAGCUGGGGAAGGAGGUCGACCUAUACAGCCACAUAAGAACUUCUCAACAUGUGAGCAAGGUGUCUGCCAUCAUUCCCCCCACCAGUUAUUUCACCAGAGAGGUCAGCGGUCGCUCUGCUCUGAGGACCGUCCCACUGAAAAAAGUUUUCCAGUCACCAGCUCGUCAGCCUCUCCAGUCAAUCACUGCCUCAGGUCCAGCCUCCUUCAGCCCAGUCUUGUCCCCGUCCCUCGGUGUUUACCGGAUGCAGAUGGGCCAGCUCACCCUGGAGGUGUCGUCUGGAGACAUCACCAAGGAGACCAGUGAUGUCAUCGUUAAUUCGUCCAAUCAGACAUUUAACCUGAAUGCAGGAGUGUCCAAGGCCAUCCUAGACAGCGCUGGGUCAACGGUUCUGCUGGAGUGUUCACAGAUUGUGAAUUCUCCAGGUUACCAACCUUGUCCAAUGAUCCUGACGUCGGCCGGUCAACUUCCCUGCGGGAACAUUAUCCACAUCGUUGGCGUGAACGAUCCUGCAAGGAUUAAGGAGAUGGUUUAUGAGGUGCUGAAGGUCUGCGAGGAGAACAAGUUCAGCUCCAUCUCCUUCCCAGCAUUGGGAACAGGUCAGGGAGGGGCUAACCCAUCGGCCGUGGCAGACGCCAUGGUGGGUGCGGUGGUGGACUUUGUGAGAAAGAAGCACCAGAGGUUCGUCCACAGCGUGAAGAUCCUGAUCUUCCAGACGGCAAUGAUAGCGGAGUUCCACAAGAGCAUGAAGAAGAGAGAGGGGGAGGAGGUGGAGGAGAAGAGUGUCCUGUCCAACAUCAAAGACCGUUUCACUUCAUUGUUUUCUGGAUUCACGGAGGAGCAGCCGAGAGCUGAGGGUUUAGUUCUGGAGAGUGAGGAGUUUGAGCCCACAGUGUUUCAGCUCUGUGCAGACGACAACAAGGCUGUGACUCUGGCUAAGAAGAGGAUUAAUGAGCUGAUCGUGGCUGAGCAGGCUGAAAGAACCAUCCAGGACAUGUACAUCGGUCAUCUGUCCCAGGCCGACAUCUCAGAGCUGAACGCCCUCCAGAAGAAACUGACAGUCAGCAUCCGCCUGGACCGAGGGCAGGAGGAACAAGAGCCUAAGAUCCACCUGGAGGGUCUGACCAGGGACGUCUUUACUGCAGAGUCUGCAGUCAGAGACAUCAUCCGGAGGGUGGAGAGGGCAGAGAACCAGAAGAGCAAGGCUUUGCUUGCGAGCGGUCUGGUAGAGUGGCAGUUCCUGGACACCAACACAGGGAAGAUGGAGCCAUUUGACAUUUAUACAAACCUCAAACUCGAGGAAGCUCUGGAGAAAAAACAAAACCUGGAAGUCAAGAUCAACAAUGAGAAGUACACUGCUGACCCAAUGCUGAAAAGUGCUCGUUCAUUAAAGAAGGGUAAACAGGUGGAACUCUUCAGGAAAGAUUUGAAAGAUGAUGCUGCUUUGCCUUCACAUUGGGACGACAUGAAAGGAGACAUAGAGAAGCUGUUUCCUGUGGCUCAGGGGUCUCAGGAAUACAAUGAUGUGGAGACAGAGUUUACAAAGACCGGCCUCACUGCAAACAUCAUCAGUAUUGAACGGGUCCAGAAUACGACGCUGUGGCAGAGCUACCAGCUGAUGAAGAAACAGAUGGAGGUGAAGAACAAACACAAAAACAAUGAAAGACUCCUGUUUCACGGUACCUGCUCUACAGCCAUCGAUCUGAUCAACAAACAAGGCUUCAACCGCAGCUACGCAGGAACACGCGUUGGUGCGAGGUUUGGCAAUGGCUCCUACUUUGCUGUGGACCCAGUCUACUCAGCUCAGGGCUACGCUGCACCAGACACCAACGGACACAAGCGCAUGUACCAGGCCAGGGUUCUGGUUGGAGACUUCACCAAGGGAAGACCAGGCUUGAUUUCACCUCCCUCUAAAAGCUCAACCAGUGCUGCUGACCUGUAUGACAGCGUCUCUGAUAACCCCACCAAUCCAACCAUGUUUGUCAUCUUCAGCGACAUCCAGGCUUACCCAGAAUACCUCAUCAAAUUCACAUGAGCUGCUGUGAUCUCAGAGGGAAACUGUUCUGAUGACAUGUUACCUGGACUGUGUGGUUUGGUUUGAGUUCAGUCUAGAGAUAAUACAUAAUGAUAUCAAAUACAAUUAUAAUAACUUGUUUCUCUCUAUUAAACUGACAGAGAAGCUCCAUAUUUAACUUGUUGUAACUUAGUAAACAGCUCACGCUGCUCCAGACUCAGGGAGGAUACCGACAGCCUGAGCUGAUGAGGUUGGUUUGCACCAGUGAGACACAAAAUAAACAUGUUUCUGGUAAUAUUUGGUUGAGGUGUAGUAGGAGUAGAAACUAGGAGACAGAGACGCUGCUGUGUGAACUGUCAUGUUGGAAGAGAUUCUUUUCAUGUGUGUGUUAUUAACAAUGAUGUAAACUAUAUAACCAAAAGUAUCCUCUCACCAUCCUAACCAGUGGAUCCAGGUGUUCCAGUCCCUUCCAUGUCCACAGGUGUAUAAAUCCAGACCCCAUUAUUAGAGUAAGAAUGGGGGGGUUCUCAGGAGCUCAGUUGGUUCCAGCGUGGUGAUAAGAUGCCACCUGAGCAACAAGUCCAGUCUCUACUAAAUAUUCCACAGUCACCUGUCAGUGGUUGUAGAACAAAGUGGAAGCCACUGAAGUGUCAGUCCUCAUCAUAGUGAGGUCACAGAGAGUCUCCAGAUGUGAUGUUUAGCUUCAGAUUAUCUUCAGGACAGAGGGCAGACAGAGAGCUUCAUGAAUGGGUUUCCAUGGCCCAGCAGCUGCAUCCCAGCCAAACAUCACCAAAGUGGAUGCACAGCGUGGGAUGCAGUGGUGGAAAGCAGCUCCACUGGACUCUAGAGCAGUGGAGACGUUCUCUGGAGGGACAUCUGGAAACCUGAUGACCUGGAUGAGGAAGCACUGGACUGACCUUCAACAACAUAGAGCACCUUUGGCAUGAAUUAGAUGGAGACUGUGAGCCAGGCCUUCUCCUCCAACAUCACCUAUGAGCUUCUGGAAGAAUGGUCAAAAACUCCCAUCAACACACUCCUAAAUCUGUGGAAACUCUCCCCAGAACGGGAGAUUAAGAAUGUGAUGUCACUUAGGUUCAUUUGCAUGGAAAGGAAGGUGAAACAAUACUUUUGGCCAUAUAGUGUAUGUUAGAUGAAGUUAAUGACUCUGACACAUACUCAGUUCAAUUAAUUGAGUGAACUGAACUUAUUGUUUUCUAUAAUAGUGGAAAUUCCUACAAACCAGACGAUGGUCACUGUCAACAGAAAAGGAGACAUGGGGGUAAUGUCAUUCAAUUCUGGGUUGAGUUGUUAUUGCAUGAAUUUCAUACAUAACAAAUGUAGAGGGAAUAUAAGUAAGUUAACGGACUGGACCUUUAAAAAUUGUUAUUGAUUCCUCUGUAGAAAGUCUUAAAAUCAAUAAAAAAAGACUUGAAAAGGCUA